UAAAAACCCAACUUAAUCUUUCAGACACCAAUCUUUGUCACGCCCACUUUUCUUGCAAAGUGGCAGCACCUCAAUCCCACCACUAUCUGCUUCCUUUCCCUAAAGAUUUCUUCAAAAUUCAGUUAAAUUUACUUGUUCUUGAUUCUUUUCUGUUGUUUGGAUAAAGAGUAUUCUAUUAUGGCUUUAAAUAUGGAGUCUUUGGCUGAGGCAACUUCUGGUGCGGUAGGAUCUUUGCUAAGCACCACUAUAUUAUAUCCUUUGGAUACUUGCAAGAGCAAAUAUCAAGCUGAACUUCGAGCUCAUGGGCAGGCCAAAUACAGGAAUACCUUUGAUGUCUUGUUAGAGGCCAUUUCUUCCCGGCAAGUUCUUUCACUCUACCAGGGUCUUGGGACAAAGAAUGUGCAGUCUUUUGUUUCGUCUUUUAUUUACUUCUAUGGAUAUGACUUCUUCAAGAAACUAUACUUGAAGAGAAGUGGAUUUAAAUCCAUUGGAACAAGAGCUAACUUAGUAAUUGCUGUUGUAGCGGGAGCAUUUACAGUCAUAAUAACCCAGCCUCUGGAUACAGCAUCUUCAAGAAUGCAAACAAGUGAUUUUGGGAAAUCCAAGGGAUUCUGGAAAACCCUCUCGGAGGGCACUUGGAGUGAAGCAUUUGAUGGUCUAGGAAUAUCUAUCAUUCUCACUUCAAAUCCAGCAAUUCAGUACACGGCCUUUGAUCAAUUUAAAGCAAGAAUGCUGAAGGAGAAGAUGAAAAGCAAAAGAGGGGCGGAAUCGUCUCCAGAAUCUCUUUCUGCUUUUUCAGCUUUCGUAUUGGGGGCAGUCUCAAAAUGUUUUGCCACCUGCAUCACAUACCCAUUAAUAAGGUGUAAAGUCAUGAUACAAUCUGCUGAAUCCGAAGGAGAUGGGGAGGAUGAAGCCGAGUUAAAAGCCCGAAAAACAAUCUCUGGAUCCCUUCAUGCCAUAUGGAAAAAGGAAGGGCUAAUGGGAUUCUUUAAAGGGUUACAGCCUCAGAUCCUGAAGACCGUUCUAAGCUCUGCAUUGCUGUUAAUGAUAAAGGAGAAGAUCUCAAAAACCACAUGGGUUUUGCUUCUAGCAGUGAGGAGAUAUCUGUUCCUUACAAGGGCCAGACUAAAGAGCUCCUGAAAUUCUCUUAGAAGAACUGCUGCAUCAUUCAAAUGUAACAAUGCAUAUUAGCUUGUAGGGCCUUGUUUGAGACGUGGAGUGACCUUUGCACGGAUAAAAUGUUUCAUCUAGUAGUGUAAUUUUCUUUUAGUUUUCCUGUUAUAAUGUUAUUCUUUAAAUAAUUUUGAAUUUCUUCUUUCUGUAUACAAUAAUUACAAUUUUCUCGCUGUUUCUGUUCUGUUAUACAUAAAGUGAAUGCAUGUGGCUGUAUUUAAUCAA